AGAAUCGCGAGUUGAGUCAUCGGCCUGCCGUUCAGUUGGACGCCAGAAACGGAAGUUGAGAUGCGGCGCCCCCUGAAAUCUCGGGAGCGAAAAUUUAACGGGCAGCGGUUUGGUGAGGAACAGAUUGUUGUUGGAUUGUGGCGAACUAAUCUAUUUUUUGUUUGUGUCUGAAAGCCUGGAGUGCAACCGGUUUUAAAGGAAUCUGGACAUUCGGGAGGCAGCGCUUGGAGACAGACUCAAAAAAGGGACAAUUUCUGGACUUGCUUAGAUUUAAAUGAAGGAGGAGACGUGACAGGCUGAUCCCAUAUAUAAAAAAAAAAAAACAUGGAGAACAAGGCCGUGGACAUUAAAGAAGAGGACUGUGAAUGGGGACCCACCCACCAUCACCAAGCAAGUUUAUGCAUUAAGGAGGAGGAGAACUGUGAAUGGGGAUCUCUAGGCAUUAAAGAGGAGAUCGUCUGUCCUGAUGUACAGAAACAUGAAGGCACAGAUGAUGUCAAAGAAGAUAAGUUUAUGUUGGAUUCUGGGUGUCAUAGUGUAGCUAUGUCACCGAGUAGACCCUGGUCUAUUGAGCAGCAUGCUGACAGUGUGAAGUCUGAGUUAGCGAUACCUGACAUCAAGAGCAUUAAGGACAUGUCACCAAGGAGAGCACUGAAGGAUCAUCUCUCAUCUGCAAGUCAUUCUGAGGAAAAUUUCCAGGACAGUGGCAAUUUCUCCCCAUCUUCAUUUGUUCAGACAUCCCAGCAGAACAGAGUACAACAUACAGCGCAUGAUAAAAAAGUGCAGAAAUGUACAUCUGAAUUGGAGAGUGUGUUACCAGCUUCUUUGGAAUCAAAUUCUGAAACGUCUGUGAAAAAAACCAGGACAGGUGCCAUCAACAAGCAACAGGCACAAAAAACAAGUACCUGCCAGGAGCGUAGAAAAGGGUGGAAACAUAAAUCUAACUGUAAAAGUCAACAGUGGAGUUCUACAAACCAAAAGCCCUACUGCUGUUCUGAAUGUGGAAAGCUAUUCUCCAACAAGAGCAAUCUUAAUGUACACUUAAGAACUCACACAGGUGAGAAGCCCUAUUGCUGUCCUGAAUGUGGUAAACAAUUCUCCCAUAGUAGUGGGCUAAAGAUUCAUUCUAAAAUUCAUGCUGGAGAGAGUCCAUAUUGCUGUUCGGAAUGUGGUAAGCUAUUUUCCAACAAGAGCCAUUUUCAGAGACACACGAGAAUUCACACUGGAGAGAAACCAUAUAGUUGUCCUGAAUGUGGCCGACAAUUCUCUUGCAGUGGCCUUCUUCAGACCCACAGAAGAAUCCACACAGGGGAGAAACCAUAUAGCUGUCCUGAAUGUGGUAAAAAAUUUUCACGCAUAUGUCAUCUUAAGACACACUCAAGAAUUCACACUGGAGAGAAACCCUAUUGCUGCUCUGAGUGUGGCAAACAAUUUUCCAAUGGUAGCCAUCUUCAGACUCACACCAGAAUUCAUACUGGAGAGAAACCAUACAGUUGUUCUGAAUGUGGAAAGUUGUUUUCACAAAUAAGCCAUCUUAAGACACACACAAGAAUUCACACUGGGGAGAAGCCAUACGGCUGUUCUGAAUGUGGUAAACAAUUCUCACAAGUAAGUCAACUGAAGACCCACGCUAGAAUUCACACUGGAGAAAAGCCAUAUGGCUGUCCUGAAUGUGGCAAACGAUUCUCUGAUGGUAGCCGUCUUCAGACCCACACAAGAAUUCAUACAGGAGAGAAACCAUACAGUUGUUCUCAGUGUGGGAAGCGAUUCUCACAAAUAGGCCAUCUUCAGACUCACAGAAGGAUUCACACUGGGGAGAAACCCCACUGCUGUUCUGAAUGUGGCAAAGGAUUCUCUGUCUUGAGCAGACUUCAGAAACACACAUUAGUCCACACAGAAGAAAAAUGUGGAACAAAACAACGUCAAUAUGCAGCACCAACAGGAGCAGACACAUCUCCUCCUCAAAAGAAGUCAGCAAUGGCGGAGCUUUUUGGCGAGACCUUUGCACAGAAGGACAUGGUCAGCAAGGCUUUUGCUGACACCAUCAAAGAGGAGGUGAUUUCUAGCUAUAAAAUGGCGGAGAUGCAUCAUGAGCCAAUGGAGAAGCAGUGUAAAUAUGAACGUGCAAUCUCAACAGACAAUAUUAAAAAUGAGGAGGAAGAGAAAUCCGCACUGCAAAGGAACCUCCUUAUCAUGGAUAUAAUGAAGACAAAUAUUGUGAGUAUUAAAGAGGAGGACUGUGAAGAGGAAAGUGUCAUUUUUAUUGAAGACCCUGAGCAGAUAUCUAACUGCAUUGAUGCACAAAAAAAUAAGACUGUAAACUGUGUCAAGGAAGAAGACCUUAAAUCAGAGCCAGUCUUUCCAUAUGAAGAGGUAGCAGAGGUCAACAUAAGCUCACUUCAGGACCAUUUUGUCCAUGUAAAGUUGGAAUCACUCGCGUCUGAUAUGAGGAGAUCUGAAAAAGCAUCAUUUUCAAGUCACUUUAGAGAAGAUUUGCAAAAGAACAGAAGCUUUGUGCCCUCUUCAUUUGCUCAUGCCUCUUUUCAUUACAUACCACAACAGAAGCACCAUGUUGAAAACAUAAAGAAAAUGCCAUCUGCAUCAGAUAGUUUGAUUCUGUCUUCACUGCAGAGUAGCUCUCUGGCUGUUUUGAAAUCAACAGUAAUAGAAGCCAAUAAUGCACAACGAGCACAAGAUAUGAAUCCAAUGUCUUUUGGCAAUAAACAUGGAGAAAGUUUUAAAAGCAAAUCCAAACCUAACAAUAACCACAGGAGGAAGAAGCCACACUCCUGUUCUGAAUGUGGCAAAUGGUUCACAUUUAAAAGCCAUCUUAAAGUGCACACAGGAUUUCACACUGGAGAAAAGCCAUAUUGCUGUUCUGAAUGUGAAAAAACAUUCUCUACCAAAAGCAGUCUUCAAAAACACACAAGAAUUCACACUGGAGAGAAGCCUCACUGCUGUUCUGAAUGUGGCAAACGAUUUUCACUUAAACGGCAUCUUCAGAGACAUGUAAGAAUUCACACUGGGGAGAAACCCUAUUCUUGCUCUGAAUGUGGGAAACGAUUCUCACGCAGUAGCAAUCUUCAGAACCAUACAAGGAUUCACACGGGAGAGAAACCAUAUUGCUGUUCUGACUGUGGCAAACAAUUUUCUUUUAGGAGCAGUUUCCAAAAACAUGCUAGUAUUCACACUGGUGAGAAGCCGUAUUGUUGUUCUGAAUGUGGAAAACAAUUCUCCCGUAAUGGCAAUCUUCAGACACACUUAAGACUUCAUACUGGAGAGAAACCAUACUCCUGUUCUGACUGUGGCAAACAAUUCUCCUUCAGGAGCAGUUUUCAGAAACACACAAGUAUUCACAUUGGAGAAAAACCACACUGUUGUUCUGAAUGUGAAAAACGAUUCACAGACAGAAGCAGUCUUCAGACCCACAGAAGGAUCCACACUGGAGAGAAACCAUACUCUUGUUCUGAAUGUGACAAGCAAUUUUCUGACAGUAGCCAUCUUCAAACUCACAUACGAAUUCACACUGGAGAGAAACCGUAUUUCUGCUCUGAAUGUGGAAAAACUUUCUCACGCAGUAACAGUCUUCAGGAACACAAAAAAAUUCACACUGGUGAAAAACAGUAUGGAAUGGAGAUGCACCAGGCUGUCCAGGAGCACUUUAAGAAGGAAGUUAAAUGUGAAAAAGAGGACGCCUCAGAGGGUAAGAUUAAAGAAAAGGAAUGGGAGAAUACAACAGCCCUGCUUUUCAUGGAUACCAUAGAGAAAAGAAUCCUGAACAUCAAAAAAGAGGAUGAGAAAUGGGAAUGUUUCAGCCUUAAAGAAGAGAUUGAGCACAAGUAUGACACCACUGAAAUGUAUCAACAUGACUUUCCAGGCAGUGUCAAGAAAGAAGACUUUAAAUUGGAGCCUUUCUCUCCAGAUGGGUUAGGCUACACUCCAAGUGGACCCUGCUUCUUCCAGGAUCAUUUUCUCCAUGUGAAAUCGGAACAAUUGGAGUCUGACAUGAAGAGCACUGAAGAAGAUGUACAAAAGAGGAGCAUCAUCUCCCCAUCUUCUUUUGCUCACAUGCCAGAAGAGAUACUGCCUGAUGGAAAUAUGAAAGAAUCAAUAUCUGGAUCAGAAAGUUUGAUCCUGGCCUCUUCGCAGAGCACUCCACUAAUGAUCGUGGGUCCAACAAAGAUUGACACCAUCAACGCUGAUCAGGUGCUUCAUGCAAGAUUGACAAAACUGCAGGUCUGUCAGAAGAAGAAGAAAAGCUUGAAAGGCAAAUCUAAUCAUAAAGAUCAUCAGGACAGUUCAGAUAUUAAAGGCAAAUCAACUCCCAAAUAUCGUCAGGGGAGUUCUAAUAGACCAAGGCCAUACUGCUGCACUGAAUGUGGUAGUCGUUUCACUGAGAGGAAGAAUCUUUUGCAACAUAGAAAAACUCAUACCGGAGAGAAGCCACAUUGCUGUUCUGUAUGUGGCCAACGAUUCUCUCGCAAGAGAAAUCUCCAAAGACACACACGGAUUCACACCGGGGAGCGGCCAUACUGCUGUUCCGAAUGUGGUAAACAGUUCAUCGACCGACACAGCCUUCAGAGCCACACUAGAAUUCACACAGGAGAAAAGCCAUAUUGCUGUUCUGAAUGCGGCAGACGAUUCACCGUCAAGAGUACUCUUCGGAGACACAGAAGGACUCACAGCGGUGAGAAGCCAUACUGCUGCUCCGAAUGUGGCAAACGAUUUACUAACAAGAGCUCUCUUCAUAUACAUAACAGACAUCAUAAUGGAGACAGGCCAUACUUCUGUGCAGAAUGUGGCAAAUGUUACACUAACAACAGCGAACUUAAGGUACACACAAGAGUUCAUAUUGUACAAAAGUCUACGUCCAAAACCAUAGCAAAGGUGCCUGAUUCUAUCACUGGAGAAUUGGUAAAAAAGACAAGCUGUCCGUACCAGAGAGAUGCUGCUGACCACACUGCAGACAGAAUAAAAUAAGGAGACUGUAGCCAUUUAGGACACAUUGAUCCCAACAGCUCAAUAAAAGGGUAGAAGGCACCACCCGAGGAAAGUACAGAGAUUUAGAAAGUUAAGGACUGUUUUCUGGAUGCAUUGGAGAUGAACACGUCUCUCUGGUGCUGGAGACCCCAUGUCUGAAGUGAUCCAAGAUAUAAAAAUAUAAGGCCAAAACGUGAAGACACAAAGGCUGCAGGAGGGUACCACCAAACUCACCACUGAAAGAAUAGGCAAGAAAACCUAAGUAGAACCUUACAGGCAAGUUUAAUUUAGUGCUAGUAAUAAAAAAAAGUGAGAUAAUUUAAAAGAUAUUUAUUUUAAAAUGAUUGUGGAAUAAGAGACCUUCCAAUUUUCUGAUAAUUUUGAGCCUAAAAUAUACAGUUUAUUGGCACCCUGAUAACGAUUAGUGCAAUGGGUUGCACAUAAAAUCAUAUUUUGGUGAAUUACCUUCAUCUCCCACUUGAAAAAAAUUGGAAAAAUCUAACCUUUAUCCAUCUCACUAUAUCCUGCUGGAUAUAUGGUCUGCUGGAGCCAAUCCCAGCCAACACAGGGCGCAAGGCAGGAAACAAGCAGGGUGCCAGCCCACCACAGGGC